AUGGAAUCACCACCCGAUCCGGAGUAUUGCGCAGAGAGCAAUGCCACCGAGAUACUGGGAGUGACGGGCGCCAUGAUGGCCAUGGCUCUUGUCACCUGUGGGGCGAGAUUUAUCGUUCGAGCGACAAUGAUGAAGUCUUACGGCGCCGACGAUCACAUCAUGAUGGCAGCUCUGCUCUGUGCAAUUGCAACGUUUAUAUGCUUCGUGGGCGAGGUGAAUCAUGCGAAUGCGGUCGGAAGACACUUUCCAUGUAUUACUCCAAGCCAACACCAGUUGUUUGCGAAGUGGCAAUAUGUGCAUUCACUCGUGGUCAUGUGGGGUGUCAUCUUGGUCAAGAUUUCGAUUGCAUUAUUCCUGAUGCGGCUCGUACCACCAGGGAGGAACUGGAAAGUCUUUCUCUGGGCCACUAUCGUGUUUCUCGUGUGCUUUAUGCUCGCUUGCACUGGUACCUUAGUCUUCCAGUGUUGGCCGAUCUCAGCAGUCUGGACAUUUCAGUUUGAGCAUUGCUUCUCCAACGCCACCUUCGCUGCGAUCGGCCUGACCAACACCUCCAUCAACUGUGCGACCGAUUUCCUGCUCGCCACUCUUCCUGUCCCUGUGAUCAUUCGACUCCAUGUCAACAAGCGCACCAAGAUGACAUUGGCUCUCAUUCUCAGCGUGGGGUAUUUUGCCUGUGCGGCCGGAAUCGUGAAAGCAGUAAAGCAGGCUACCUUCUUCGACGAGACGGAUCCGCUUUGGCACAAUUCCUUCAACGUCUGGAACAUGAUUGAGCUCUGCGUGGGCAUCACCGCGGCAUCCUUACCAGGACUACGACCACUAUUUGCCAAGAUCCUCGCGAGCACCAAAAGCGUCUUCAGUCACUCGUGGGGCUCCAACGAUCGCACCGUUGCCAACAACUCCUCCUCCUCAGGCUCUCACCAUCGGCACAACAACAAUGACCAACGACGAGGAAAUUUCAAAUUCCGCGCGGGCAUCAGUUUACUCGACAUGUCCAACAUCUCCGGUGGUGGUGGUGGAGAAACCUCCAAAUCCAAGUCUCCGCCACGACCACAACGACCCUCACGCUCGAAUCGCAUGGACGACGACGACGACGAAGAGAAUGGACUUUUCCAGGUCGACCCCAAACGCUACACCGUGGCAGUGACGGCCGCCGCGCGAGACCCGGGCGAUGACGGGAACUGGGGAGGAGACGAUCUGGAAUCACCCGCGAGAAGUGAUAGUCAAGAACGACUGACACGACCCACACCAGCACAUACCUGUAUCUACAAAACGACAGAGGUGUCACAAACGAGCUUGUUGCGUCGAUGA